AUGGUGGUUUUGAGCGCCGAUUUGCCUGCGGGCCUGCGCAUGCUCUCUUUGCUGGCUCUGUCCAAUCUAGCCGGCCUGUCCUCCGGUGCUGCAAUAUUGCCCCGGGAUGACGUGCCCGCCGGAUACGUCGCUGCCCCGUAUUACCCUACUCCGUAUGGCGGAUGGGAUGAUGAUUGGGCGGAUGCCUAUACAAAGGCGGCCGAUCUAGUCUCGCAAAUGACGUUGGCUGAAAAGACCAACAUCUCGAGCGGUACCGGUUUCUUCAUGGGACCAUGUGUCGGCAAUACGGGCAGUGCGUUGCGUCUUGGCUUCCCUCAACUUUGUCUCCAAGACGGUCCUCUGGGAGUGCGCACCACAGAUAACAUCACAGCUUUCCCCGCUGGUAUAACAACCGGCGCGACAUGGAACAAGCAGCUGAUGUAUGAGAGGGGAGUUGCGCUUGGACAGGAGUUCAAAGGCAAGGGCGCCAACUUCUAUCUUGGCCCAUCCGUUGGUCCCUUGGGCCGGAAACCGAGAGGCGGCAGAAACUGGGAAGGCUUCGGCGCCGAUCCAGUCCUACAAGGUAUCGCCGGAGCGCAGACGAUCAAGGGUGUUCAGGAGCAAGGCGUUAUUGCCACGCUCAAGCAUGCUAUCGGCAACGAGCAGGAGGAGUAUCGCAUGUACAGCGUCAUUCAAGCUGGAUACAGUUCCAAUAUUGAUGACCGCACCCUCCACGAGCUCUAUCUCUGGCCAUUUGCCGAUGGCGUCCACGCCGGGACUGGUGCUUUGAUGACUUCGUACAAUGCGGUCAACGGUUCCGCCGACUCGCAAAAUGCAUAUCUCAUCAACGGGCUUCUCAAGGAUGAGCUUGGUUUCCAGGGUAUUGUCAUGACCGAUUGGCUCGCGCAUCUUUCUGGUGUCUCUUCUGCCCUAGCUGGUCUCGACAUGAACAUGCCUGGAGACACUUUGAUUCCCAUUGUGUUAGGAACCAGUUACUGGAUGUAUGAGCUGACCCGAUCCGCGCUCAACGGUUCCGUCCCCAUGGAUCGCAUCAAUGAUAUGGCCACCCGCAUUGUUGCUACAUGGUACAAGCUCGGUCAGGAUCAGGACUACCCACCACCCAACUUUUCAUCCAACACGCGCGACCGUGAAGGACCAUGCUACCCCAGUGCUCUCAUCUCGCCGACUUGCGUUGUCAACCAGUACGUGAAUGUACAGGCCGACCACGCAACUGUCGCAAAAGCUGUGGCACAGGAAGCUAUUACACUGCUCAAGAACAAUGGCUCUUUCCUGCCCAUCUCCACGUCUGUGCCUUUGAGCGUAUUUGGAACCGAUGCGCAGACGGAUCCCGCGGGUGCCAACUCUUGCACCGACAAGAGCUGUAACCGUGGACUGCUUGGUAUGGGCUGGGGAUCUGGAAGCGCCGACUAUCCUUAUCUCGAUGACCCCAUCUCAUCGUUGAAGCGCAAGGCCGGUAAUGUCACCUACUAUGAUAGUGACACGUUCCCGUCAUCCAUCCCCACUCCAGGGGCCAACGAUGUCGCUAUUGUCUUUAUCAACUCGGACUCUGGUGAGAACUCGUACACUGUCGAGGGCAACCACGGUGAUAGAGACGCCAGCGGUCUGUCCGCCUGGCACAAUGGAGACGCUCUGGUCAAGGCCGCAGCUGCCAAGUACUCCAACGUUGUGGUUGUCAUUCACACUGUCGGGCCGCUGGUUCUCGAACCCUGGAUCGACCUCCCCUCUGUCAAGUCCGUUCUGGUUGCUCACCUCCCUGGCCAAGAGGCCGGCGACUCCCUCACCGAAAUCAUCUUUGGCGAGGCCACGCCGUCGGGACACUUGCCUUAUAGCAUUCCCAAGUCCGAGGACGACUAUCCAUCCAGCACGGACCUGAUCACGUUUGAAUUCCUCGGCCAAGCCCAGGACACGUAUACCGAGGGUCUCUACAUUGACUACCGCUACCUCAACAAGAACGGCAAGACGCCGCGCUACGCCUUUGGCCACGGCCUGUCCUACACAACCUUUGCGCUGUCGUCGGUCUCGCUGACGUCGGUCACGGAGCUGACGACGCUGCCGCCAACGCGCCCGGCCAAGUCCACCUCGGUCGUCGCGUCGCUGAACCAGACCAUCCCCGCCGCCAGCGAGGCCUACUACCCGUCGGGCUUUAACCGCAUAUGGCGAUACCUGUACUCGUGGCUGGACUCGGGCGAGGCCGAUGCCGCCUACGCCGCCGGCCAGUCGGGCACCGAGUACGCCUACCCGGCGGGCUACUCUGAGACGCAGAAGGCGGGUCCGCCCGCCGGCGGUCCCAGCGGCGGCAACCCGGCCCUGUGGGACGUGGCCUACACCAUCUCGGCCACGGUGCGCAACACGGGCGCCUCGCACGCCGGCAAGGCCGUCGUCCAGGCCUAUGUGCAGUAUCCCAGCGGCUCGGCCUAUGACACCCCCGUGAUUCAGCUGCGCGACUUUAUCAAGACGGACAGCCUGGCCACCUCGUCGUCGUCGACGGUCGAGCUCAGCCUCACGCGCCGCGACCUCAGCGUCUGGGACACGACGCUGCAGAACUGGGUCGUGCCGGCCGGCGAGUUCAAGAUCUGGCUCGGCCAGGCCAGCGAUGAUCUCGGCUGGGUCUGUUCCACUAGCACGGGUGCGUGUCAAGAGUCGGACGCUGGACCUGUAUGA